UAGUCAAUAUAAAUUGCCGCCAUAGAGUCUUUUGAUGAUUUUUGCUUUGGCAGACUCUUAUUUAUUCUGAAAGCGAAUUAUUUCAGCUAGUAUGAACUGAGAUUUGCAAGAGCAAAGUCUAAUUAAGUCAGUACUUUUUCAUGAAGCGGAUUUCUUAUGCUUUAACAAGCACAAUUGUUAAAUUAACAAAGCAAUCAUCGUCUGUUGUAAACCGAUCGACUUGUUAGCGGCUAUUAUUAACAACAGGUUCAAGAAUGAGCUCGACGCUUUCCCCGUAUGGGUCCUGGGUAUCCCCCAUUAGCAGUCAGCUGGUUUCAGAGAGCAGUGUGUCCUUUCAGGAAUUGCACGUGGACCAAUCGCUUAGCAACCCGGAUACAGUUUACUGGAGCGAGCUUCGCUUUGAUGAGGGUGGCCGAUAUGUGGUAUGCUCCCACAACAUCGGCAUGACAGGUUUCAAGACCUGGACACCUGAGGGAUUCAGUUCCAGAACUAGAGUGCAUGAAUAUGGCGGAGGGGCAGCUUUUAUGCGCAAUGGCGUUGUUUUCUUCAGCAACUUUACAGAUCAAAAUAUGUACAGGCAGACUUCACCAGAUGCACAGCCUGUCCUGCUGACUGAGAAAGACAGAGAAUGGAGAUACGCUGAUGGAUGCUACAAUACAAAGACUGGCCGCAUAUACUGUAUUCGGGAAGAUCACAGUGGUGUUAAAAGUGGCGUAACAAAGGAAGCAGUCAACACAGUUGUCUCCUUAAACCCAGAAAAUGGGAAACAGACAAUUAUGGCCUCAGGAAAGGAUUUUUACAGCAGUCCCAAAGUGUCCCCAGAUGGCAAGAAGAUUGCAUGGGUUCAGUGGUCCCGUCCUAACAUGCCCUGGGACUCUACAGAGCUGAUGGUUGCGGAGUUAACUGAAUCCAGUGAUGGCAUUAAAGAGGACUCGGUCAAACUGGUUGCUGGUGGUGAUGGUACAAGUGUAAUGCAUCCUUCAUGGACCACAGACAAUGAGCUCCUCUACAUUAGCGACGUUACUGAUUGGUGGAACCUGUACCAUGUGACUGGUUCAGGAGAACACAUCAACCUCAUACCCCGCAGUGUGGAGUGUGGUGGACCUCACUGGUUGUUCGGGGAUACACCAUACAUGGUCGAUCCACGAGGAAACGGGGACAUUGUGACCGUGUAUGGCUUUGAAAUGGGAGUGUACAACUUGAAGAGUGGUCAAUACCAUGUGAUAGACACUGGCUUCACCAGCCACAACUAUGUGAAUGUUGCUUACAAUGGUAUGGUGUACUGUGUGGCCGGCAGUCCGACCAGGUUCAGCUGUGUGGUAGAAAUCAACAAGGACACUGGCAAGGUGACAGUUCUACGUGAAUCGAAAACCCUGGGGCUGGACAAAGGCUACUACAGCAUUCCCACGGAGAUCAAGUGGCAGACGACAGAGGGAGACGAGGCUUUUGGCUACUUCUACCGUCCAACAAACAAGGACUUCGCUGCUCCAGAGGGAACUCUACCGCCCCUGCUGGUGAAGAACCAUGGUGGCCCCACUGGUCAUGCCUCCAACGUGUUGAACCUGAAGAUCCAGUACUUCACGAGUCGAGGGUUUGCAGUCCUGGAUGUCAACUACAGGGGCAGCACAGGCUACGGCAAGACAUAUAGGAACAGGCUGCAGAAAAAUUGGGGCGUACUGGAUUUGGAUGAUUCUUGUACAGGGGCUACGUUCUUGGCUGACACAGGCAAAGUUGACGGAGAGAAGUUGUGUAUUGAUGGGGGAUCAGCUGGCGGCUACACCACACUAGCAGCUCUAGCUUUCAGAGAUGUGUUCAAAUCAGGGGUCAGUCACUAUGGAGUUGCGGACCUAGAGGCCCUGGCAGGGGACCUACACAAGUUUGAGAGCCGUUACCUUGACAACCUUAUAGGCCCAUUUGUCACAGACGCAGACAAACAAGUGUACAAGGACAGGUCCCCCAUCCACUUUGUGGACCAACUGUCGUGUUCUCUUGCCUUAUUUCAGGGAAGUGAGGAUAAGAUAGUGCCACCCAAUCAGGCUGAGAUGAUGUAUAAGGCAGUGAAAGCCAAGGGGCUUCCCACCAUGUAUGUCCUCUUCCCAGGUGAGCAGCAUGGUUUCCGUAAGGCAGAAAACAUUCAGACUGCUCUCGACGGAGAGUUCUAUUUCUUCUCCAAGGUGUUUGGAUUUGAGCCGGCAGAUAAGCACAUCAAUCUUCCCAUUGAUAACCUGAAAUGAAGAAUGCUGAAGGCCAACUCAUUGGGCUGGUCAUUUGCUGUAUACCAACUUACGUACCGUUAUUAUAUAAUGAUGAUGGUCAACAGGAGAAGACUUGCAGAAACAAUUAAAAAUGUUCUUAUAUCAAAACCCAUGAUAAGAAAGAACGGAGAUUUUUAAAAGGUGCAAGCAGCACACUUUUUUGUUGUUUGUGUACUUUUUAAUUUACUUUUGUGAUUAUAUCUAGUUAAUUGUUAUAUAAAACGCAGAAAAGUCAAGUGUGUAAGUCAUGCGUUUUCAAGUGGAUAGUCUCAAUAGGACCAUAUAUAAAUGUUGAGCAAGCAUAAUAAUAUACCAAUAAUAUACCAUAAUCAGCAUUUUAUUUGAAAGCAAAAUUGAUCUCCCUAUAAAUUAUGUAAUUAAUGGUGUAUAUAUAAUUAUGCCCACCUUUGAAGAAGAGGGGGUAUAUUGUUUUGCUCAUGUCGGUCCGUCCGUCCGUCCGUCAGUCCGUCCGUCCACCAGAUGGUUUCCGGAUGAUAAGAACACUUAGGCCUAGGAUCAUGAAACUUCAUACAUAGAUUGAUCAUGACUGGCAGAUGACUCCUAUUGAUUUUCAGGUCACUAGGUCAAAGGUCAAGGUCACAGUGACUCGAAAUAGUAAAAUGGUUUCCGGAUGAUAACUCAAGAAUGCUUAGGCCUAUGAUCAUGAAACUUUGUAGGUACAUUGAUCAUGACUAGCAGAUGACCCCUAUUGAUUUUUAGGUCACUAGGUCAAAGGUCACAGUGACGCUAAACUGUUAAACAGUAAAAUGGUUUCCAGAUGAUUACUCAAGAAUGCUUACGCCUAGAAUCAUAAAACUUCAUAGGUACAUUGAUCAUGACUGGCAGAUGACCCCUAUUGAUUUUCAGGUCACUAGGUCAAAGGUCAAGGUCACAAUGACUCUAAACAGUAAAAUGGUUUCAGGAUGAUAACUCAAGAAUGCUUACGCCUAGGAUCAUGAAACUUUAUAGGAACAUUGAUCAUAACUGGCAGAUGACCCCUAAUGAUUGUCAUGUCACUAGGUCAAAGGCCAAGGUCACAGUGACUCGAAAAAGUAAAAUGGUUUCCAGAUGAUAACUCAAGAAUGCUUACGCCUAGGAUCAUGGAACUUCAUAGAUUCAUGUACAUUGAUCAUCACUGGCAGAUGACCCCUAUUAAUUUUCAGGUCACUAGGUCAAAGGUCAAGGUCACCUUUGGCCUAGUGAACUGAAAAUCAAUAGGGGUCAUCUGCGGGUCAUGAUCAAUGUACAUAUGAAGUUUCAUGAUCCUAGGCGUAAGCGUUCUUGAGUUAUCAUCCGGAAACCAUCUGGUGGAGGGACUGACAUACGGACCGACAUGAGCAAAACAAUAUACCCCCUCUUCUUCGAAGGGGGGCAUAAUAAUAGCUUUUAGACAACGAUCUGUUCGUUAUGCUGAAAAAUGUUCGUUUCAGCAAAUCUGAAAUUUGUUUGAACCAGUUCAACAGCAGUCAAAUAUGUAUCUGAAUUUAUAGACCAGUUGAAUGUUAUUGUUUACAUUCGGGAUUUUCUGCGCAUGCGCACUCACUGGUUGGCAAAAAACACUGGUUACAGUAACAUAUAACAUGUAUAUAGGGCUCUUGUUUAGUCAAUUAAUUGGUAAUAAGACCGAAAUAAUUGAUAAUUUAAAAACAAAACAGAAGGAAAUUGAAUUUUAAGUUGGUCGUUUGAAAGAACAUGAACACCUCAUGCAGCACGAAGUCACUGAUCUCAAAUGCCGAAGCAUGCGGGACAAUUUACUGUUCUACAAAAUCCCAAGGGAAAAAGAUGAGCAGUGAGAGAAGAAAAUCUUGGACUUUAUUGAGUCAAAACUUUUAAUCGAAAAUGCAUCCAGGGACAUUAAAUUACACCGUGUUCAUAGAAUAGGGUGAUACAAUAGCACGAAUUAAGACCUAUUGUCGCAAAAUUUGCAUACUAUCCGGAUAGAGAAAGAGUUAGGAAGGCGUCCAAGGAACUCAAAGGGACCCCGUAUGGAAUAUCAGAACAAUACCCCAGGGGGGUAAUGGAAACGAGACAAAAGCUUAUUCCUGUCAUGAAAAAGGCUAGGGAGGAGAAUAAAGAGGCUUUCCUAAGAGUGGACAAACUUUUCAUCGAUGACCGUGAGUUCAAGCCGAAUGCCUAGGAGGAACAAAAGAGUGUUGUAAAAUGUGUAACCUCGAAUGUUGAAGGGCUCACCGCGGACAAGUUUUCAUCGCCGGAAAUCGUGAAUUUGCUUUCACAAUAUGACAUUAUUUGUUUAACAGAAACAUGGACCAAUUCAAAAUCUAAUAUUUAACUUUCUGGAUUUAGUGAUCCAAUACAUUCAUUCAUAUGCUUGCUUGUUUUAUGUCUCAUGUAUACUAUGAUAUUUGCUUUUUCUUUCAUGUAAGGAAAAUAAUUAUUAAACAUAUAAGUAAA